CGGCCCUCUUGCUUCCCUCCUCCUCCUCAUGCUUCUUCCUGAUCUCAGCAGCACAACUUUUGCUUUAUGUCACUGGAGGUGAGAGCGGUGCCCCCUGUGUGCCAGGAUCUCACCCUGACCUUCAUCUGAGGGGUGUCAAUCCCCUGGCACUGCUGCUGCACCAGCCCCCUGACUGCCCUGCUCCGAUCACUUCUACUUACUCUCCUAAAACUUUGUACUUCUGCUGCCACCAGCCCCCCCAGUCUGCUGCUGUUGCCUGUAGUGCCUCCCAGUGGGCACACCCCGACACCUGCCCGCUGAUUUCCAUCUCUGCUCCCAGCUGCCCCCAAUCACACCCCUCCGCCACAAGACAAGGGUUCACUGCAUCACCCUCCAUUCGGCCUCUUCUGACUCCUCCGCUCCCAUCCCAUUUCGUCAGGUCCCAGGAUGGACCUCUGGUGGGCUCUCCUGUACGCCAUGCUCCUUCUCGGCCCCUUUCUCCUCAUGCAAGUGAGCAGCACCUUCAAGUUCCACUUUAAAGUCGUUUCCUACUGCGUCUUAUGCCUUACCCUGUCUGCGCUGGCGGUGCCCGUGUGCCUGCUGAGGAAUGGAGGCCGGACGGUGGACAACAUGAGGAUCAUCCGGGCGUUUGUGCGCACCAUGAAGUACGUGUACGGCCUGCGCUUCCAGGUCAAGGGUUUGGAGAACUUUCAGGUCGACGGACCCUGCGUCAUCAUCUCCAAUCAUCAGAGCAUCCUGGACAUGAUGGGUUUGAUGGAAAUCCUGCCGCCUCGCUGCGUGCAGAUCGCCAAGAGGGAGCUGAUGUUUGCCGGCUCCGUGGGCCUCAUCACCUAUCUCGGGGGGGUCAUUUAUAUCAACAGGAAACACACACGUGACGCCAAGUCUAUCAUGGCCGGGGUAGCGCAAGCCAUGACAGAUGACAAUUUGAAGGUCUGGGUGUAUCCUGAAGGCACCCGGAAUAACAGCGGAGAUCUGCUGCCCUUCAAGAAAGGAGCCUUUCAUCUGGCGCUUCAGGCGAAGGUUCCCAUCAUCCCGGUGGUUUAUUCCUCCUUCACCAGCUUCUACGACAAGAAGAAGAGUUUAUUCACGGGCGGAAUAAUCAAAGUAGAAGUCCUUCCGAAAAUAGACAUUUCAGGAUUGAAGGAAGAGGACAUCUCGGGCCUUACAGAACGCUGCUUCAACGACAUGAGGCAGGUCUUCUUCAGACUCUCCGGUAAACCUUACACCCCCAUAAAACAAAGCUCCUCAAGACAAUAGAGCUGCUGAAAGACUGAGAAUCGGAGCCUUAAUGGACUGUGCUGCGCAGGUCUCAUGCACCAAGUGCUCGCACCUCUCAACUUGUGAGGUGAAAAGUCACCCAAGCUGCUUCAUUGCUUUGUGUCAGAGAAACUUUGGAAGUGCCUCAAAGUUUCACUUUACAUCUUUAUUAUUUUAGGGACUGGACCAAGUUCCUACACAAGUGACCAAAAGUCACAUAUGAUCUGAGGACCUGAUGAUGCCAGAGGGUAUUGAUGCCUGAACGGUGAGCCCUCCGUGAUGCUAGACUAUGGUGGACCACAGCGAGGUCCAUGUCAUGUCAAGCAGAGAGCAAUAUUUGGCCUCAUAAUAGAAAUGUACAUGGGCUCAGCACUGAGCGGAGGGCUCUCCGGGCACCAACUCUCUCUAUUUGUAAAGUUCUUUAAGAGACUCUGUAAUUGGGACACAACUUACUGAACCCAGGAGCUGCUGCUGAGGAGCUCACAGAUUUGGCCGCCAUAGUCUGUGCCGAAUGUAACCAGCCAGGGGUUCUGGAUACCUGCACCAUCCACCCCUAUUGCUGAAUACCCAUUCUGAUAAUAGAACCAUUGGUUAUCGCCAUGUGCGGGCACCUACAGCUUUACCGGGGGACCACCUCUGGAGGUAAGUGUCCAUGUCACUCCGAGACGCUGGGGCCCCCAUGGCACAUGAGCUUCUCUAUUCUAUGUGCUGAUUCUGCGGUUAUUAUAGGAAGCGGACGUGUGUUACUGUGCACUGUUCACACCACGUCUUCUAUACACGUUGUCUCCAUGUACUUUUAUACAUUCAUGUUGCCAAAGCUUUGUUAUAACAUUCCAACCUUAAAGGGGAAACCCACGUCUACAAACCCAUCCCGUACAUCUGGGUUGGACCAUUUCGGAAGCAGGUGCACAAUGUUUUUAUUUAUUUCAUUACUGGGUUUCCCCCUUUAGGGGGCUCCACCUCGGCACCCACGCGGACGCGCGGGGCCCCUUAUGUGCUUCCUGAUAAUCGAUGUGUUGGAAUGUGCUGGAAUUGUCCAGGUUUCUAAUCUUUUAGGGGAAUCGGUGACUUGGUUGUUGUUGUAGCAAAUGUUCUUAAUCGAACCGGAGUGCCUUCAAUAAAACCAGCCAAACGCC